CGCGUGGUGCCAAAUUUCGAAUGGGCUCAAUCCGAGAAAUACCCUUUGUAUGAAUCGUAUACACGCUGCUGCACGAUGGCCGUCCAUUCGACCCAUGCAGCAAUACUCGCGCCGUUCAUUUGCUGUCGAGACUCGAAACCGACUUUCACAACGAUUUGUGCCUUUGACAAAAGAUAAAGCAUUGCUGUCCACCGCUGACGCCGCCUCGAGCCACACUCUAUUGUUAAAAGCCGGUUUCCUGAGACAGUCCUCUUCCGGUAUUUACUCACUGUUGCCCCUGGGAUUACGAGUGAUUGAAAAGAUAAGCCGCAUCAUUGACGAAGAAAUGCAAGCCAUCGGCGGUCAAAAAUUAGCCCUUCCAUUACUUUUGUCUUCGGAAAGCUGGAAAACAACAGGUCGAUGGGAUACCUCCAAAGGCGAAUUUUUCCGAUUACAAGAUCGUAAAGAAACCGAUCUUCUUCUAGCGCCCACGCAUGAGGAAGAAAUUACUCGUCUCGUUGCAGGAGAAUUGAAAUCAUUCAAACAAUUGCCCAUUCGAUUAUAUCAAAUCGGCCGAAAAUACCGUGAUGAGCUUCGUCCUCGAGCUGGACUUUUAAGAGGAAGAGAGUUCAUCAUGAAAGAUCUUUAUUCAUUUGAUGUCUCGGUGGAAGACGCUUACGCAACCUACGAUCAGCUCGCUGGAGCUUACAGGAAGAUUUUUGAUCGUGUCGGUGUUCCGUUCUUGGUGGCGGAAGCGGACAGUGGUAACAUUGGCGGGUCAAAAUCUCACGAAUACCAUCUUCUCUCGCCAGUGGGUGAAGAUACUUUGUUGACGUGUUCUCAUUGUGGUUACACGGCCAACCAGGAACUGGCGGUUGGAAAGCUUCCAGGUCCUACUCCUUCGAUCACAAAUGAAAAUAGCUCCGUAACCGAAAAGCACACCAACGGCACCAUGCGCUCUGCGGUCUUGGAUGCUUUAAACAUCACGGCAGACAAACAAUCGGCACUGCAAUUAUCUUACUUCAAGUAUGACGAUGCUGCGUCUGGGGCUCGUAUAGCUGCAGUGAUGACGCUCAAGGGACGGGACGUGAAUAUACUCAAAGUGCAAGCCGCGCUAAGUCAAUAUCUCAAAGCGGGAAAACUGGUGGAAGAAACCGCCUCUAUCGAUUUGCAACCUUUGUCUGAACAAAAGGUGAAUGCUGGAAUCGCAGAGGACAAUGCAUCGGUGCAUGUGUUUUUGGACGAUGCUGUCGCUCCCUCGUUUCCGAUAGAACCGUCUUCGUCGGCUAACAUGGUGCUUCAUUCACCGAGUCAUUUUCGGUUAGCAGAAGCUGGUGAUCAAUGUGCUGUGUGCGACCAUGACGGCCAUCAUCUCGACAGCGUGAAAGCCAUCGAAGUCGGUCACACCUUUUAUUUGGGAACCAAGUAUUCUGAUCCUUUGAAAUGUCAAGUUCGAUCCCCGAAUAAUGCCAAAUCCUUGAUUCCUGUCGAAAUGGGAUGUUACGGUAUCGGUGUGUCACGCCUUGUCGCUUCGGUGGCGCAAAUAUGUCAUGACGAUCGCGGCGUGGUGUGGCCAAAGAGUCUUGCUCCUUACCGUGUCUGUAUUCUUGCCACCGAUGAUCGCAAUGAGGCGUUCCAGACCAUCGCCAACAAGAUAUACGACGGAUUAGAGAUGAUCGUUGAUCCUGCGAGCCGUCCUGUCCAGAGUUUGUUCGGGGAUGAUAUUGUGAUUGAUGAUCGUAAGGGCGGUUUUGGCAGCAAGAUGAAGGAUGCUGAACUUAUUGGGUAUCCCUGGAUUAUCGUGAUUGGCCAAAAAGCAUUGAGCGAAGGCAUCGUGGAGAUCCAUGAACGCAUUCAAGGCCAACCCAACCGAAAAACGCACGUGCCCCUGGAUACUGUAGAAAAUUGGCUAGUAGAGCAUUUGUAACAUAGAAAAUCAUCAUCAUCACCUACAAUAUACAUUAUUAUACGAUAUACGGUUUACAAAGGCAACAGUGGAGGGUUCAG